AUGCAGCAGGUUAAUAUUGAUGAGAUCGAUGCCGUGACAGGUUUCAAGAAGGCUGAGCUGUAUGUUUGGAACGCGUAUGCUGCGGUGUUUCUCGCUGAGGGCACUGAGCCGGAGACGGAUGUUGACACAUGGGUCGAUGAUUUCUGUCAAAGUUCAGCGGAGAAUAAUGUUGCUUUUGACCGCAAUUUCGUGAAGUCUGUCUGCACGUUAGGAAUCUACGCCGGUCCACGCGAUGAGUUCCAGCAGAGGUCUGGGUGUGGUAAGGCAACGUAUGCGUCGGGUGACACUUACGAAGGGGAGUUUUUCGACGGAAAAAAGCAUGGGAGGGGUCUGUACACGUUUGUUAGCAAAGGGUGCUGCGAGGCUGACCGUAUUGUUGCUAAAGAAGUGGAGCAGCUCACAGCCGCGGGCAAGGAUCCCAGAGCGAUGAUAGGGGAAAUUGCUACAAAACUCCAGCUCGGCCGCCACAUCGUAGAUGGAAUUAUGCAGUAUGGUCAGCGCCCGUGCUAUCAGGGUGACUACGUGCGUGGAAUGCGAACUGGCCGCGGUGUGAUGAAAAACAAGGAUGGCUCCCUCUACCAAGGGGAGUUUCUGGAGAACAAGCGCCACGGACAAGGCGUUUUUUACUACCUCAAUGGCGAUGUGUACUCAGGCAACUGGAAGGCUGGCGCCAAGGAUGGUUAUGGAGCAUACCACUUUGUGGACGGGAGCGAGUAUCGUGGAGAGUGGGUCAAUGGUAACUUUGUGCAGGGCCAGUGGAUUCUGCAAGGUGGGUCCUACUAUGAAGGGAAGUUUGACAAGAAGAACAGACCCCUUGAUGAUGCUGCGUCGAUGCACUAUCCCAGCAUCGAAAUGGCUCAGAGGGGGACCUUUAAGAGAGGCGUCUGGGCUCCGACAAGCGUGCUGGAGGUGUGCUCCGAAGUCCCUGUGAAUGGCAUGGCCUGGGCUGACUGA